CAGUGGCAGUAAUACACCUAAUUUAUGAAAGUUGCCAAUCGCAAUAUAAAGUCAAGAGAAGAAAAGGCCUGGAAGGAGAAGAGAUGACUAGAAACGAUUCGGUUGACCGUUUUAUGUGUGGAUUAAUUGGCAGAGUAGAGGAUCUGGUGCAUUUCAGGUCAAAUCGUUCAUACACGGUGAACCCACAAGACGACGUGAUGAAUGAUCCUCAUGCCUCGCUAGGCAUGGCAAUGAGUGGAUUGUUGGUGUGCGUCCUCAUGGCAGCGCUAGUGGGGGUUGGUUUGACAUUACCCGUAUCCAAGUCGGAUGGCAACACCAAACAGGGUGGGAUACUGCCACAGCUACUGGCCAGGAGGGAGGCAGUGAGGAAUUCUGCGGAGAACAUCGCUAAGCGGGAGCAAGACCCUCAAACGAGCAUAGCACGGAUGGAGAGGAUGUCGCACCUGUCGGAGGACCAGCGCGAGUUCAUGUCCAAACAAAUCAUGCAGGCCAUCUCAGAGAUGAUGAACGAGUGUCCGGACCGGGACUACCAAGGAUGGGUAGACUUUGGACGGCGGAGUGCAGAGUAGAGAUGUACCACAGGCACAUCUUCAGUUACUCAGGAAUCCAUUCCUAUUUGAAGUAGAUUGUAUAUUUUAAUUGGAUUAUGUCAUGAGUUUUGAUUUUAAUCCAAGUGUCAUAAUAAACAUGUUU